UGAACAACCAACCUACCUCGCAAAACCUUUGUCGUCAACCUCCUCCUUUACCCCUGAUGUUUACCUUUGGUAUAUCAAAGGAAACUCCCUCCUUUUGCAACAAGCACACUUCUUGUUCUUGUCCAUGUUCUCUCCUCCAUUGCCUCCCAAUGACCAUCCGCGAAUGAAGCGGCGGACUUCCACACCUCAUGUAACUCAGGUCAAAGAAUGUGAUAUACUACUGUCGAAGCCCCGACCAAGAAGCGGUUCCUGGGCAGGUUCAACCUCAGAGUCUCAUCAAAUUACUGUCGAGUAUCCUCCGCCUCGAUCCCCCAAGAAUCAUUUUUUAUCGCAUUUUACAAAACAGCCUUUACCGCAUUACUUUCCAUCGCCCAGUCGAGAUGAUGUUGGGUUUGUCUACAAUCCUUCAGAGCGUUCAGCUGAUACCAUGAAACGAAAAAAAGGCCCACUAAGCGGAAUAGGUAAUUUUUUUCGUCGAUUGCGCCAAAACACCACCGAUCCUGUCCAUGCAAAGGAAGUGCUUGCUUCCAAGCCGCUGUCAUCACAUCCUACCCCAAAGCAGAUUCUGCCGGAAACCGAGGAAAAGCGAGUUCCUGGGAUACGCAGAACCACUCAGCAUUCCGAUCCUCUCGACCCCCUGGAACCGCGUGAAAGAUCGAAACGAGAGUCACUACAAGCGCAUUUGCGGUAUUUUGGAUUGGAAUUGAACUCGUUACUUCCACCUUCGGAGGCCCCCACCCUGCCGUUACGAUCGUCUUUGUCAAGUAAUGAUUUGAAGGAGUAUCGGCAAAAGCACCCCGAUGGAGCUAGGCUGAGUAUGUUAUGUUCGUCCCCGUCCAAGACGUGUAGCUGCAUUCGAGAGGAACCAGAGAUGGAGGCGGCCGGCCAUAGCUCGGUCUCGUUGUCGCGCGGUAGUUGCUAUACAUGUGAGUCCAUGUACAAUACCUACACUACGUACCGCCAAAGCGAAAACAGCGUCACCGAAUUACCAACACAAGAUUGUGAGCAGGGCCGCCAGCAUGGCGCAGCACAGCCAACGUCGCACUUUGACAAGCACCAUAGCGAUGAGGACGAAGACGAAGUGUUUUUGGAUGCUCAAACCACCAACGAGCCUCCUGCUGAACGGCGAGCCGAUCAGCUCACAAAGCGUCUUAGUGGUGGGCAUUUUGGGUCCGCUGGUGGACUGAUACUAAGCGUAUCCGAUUUUCUAGCUCGUCCCUUGGAUCCUACCGCCAAGCGACAUAGUACGUGCACUCUGAGCACGACCAAAAAGGACGAAACGGUCACUAGUUAUGGCGGAGAGCGUCGAUGUAGCCAGGCGAGUGCUCAUACGGUGGUGGGAGUUCUCCUCCCUCCUUCAAGCGAGCCUGAAUUAGAGCACGGUACCAUUGAUACAGCGCCUUCGACUGAAGUGAAUACGCCUCGUCAGGACCAGGAGUAUACGUCAGUGCAGAGCAUGAGCAUAGAAAUGGAAAAUUCCAUCGGGAUGCUGAACGAGACAAGUGACAAGCAGUUUGUCAGUACGGAGGAGAGCGAAGAAGACAUAAAGGUGGCGGCUCGUCGGAUAUGGAUUGAAGACACUUCAUUCCAUGAAGAUAUGGAGAGGGUAGCGGAGUGGUUGGGCACGAGCAAACCGUUCAAUCAAAGGACACUGAAACUGUACAUGGAGUAUUUUGAUUUUCGAGAUCUACGACUUGAUGUUGCCUUUCGAAAACUAUGCCGAAAACUACCUUUAAAUGCGGAAAGUCAGCAAAUUGAUCGUAUCUUGGAAAAUUUUGCAAUUCGCUAUUGGGAAUGUAACCCCAAAAGCUCAUUUGGCAAUGCCGACGUCGUAUAUGCUAUUGUUUAUUCCCUGCUCCUCUUGAACACGGACCUUCACAUUGCUCAAGGCGAUCACAAAAAGAUGUCACGAAGCGCAUUUAUACGGAAUACGAUGUGUGCCAUUCGAGCUCAGGUCGAUAUGUUUGUUGACCUGACGUUGAUCAGCGCAUCAUCCAUCAAACGAUCACCAAGCGCUCGCAGUUUCCGCAGCUCAAAAAGCGGCCGCAGCGAAUAUAGCAACACCAGUAACCCAACAACUUCAUCGCAGACAAUAGGUAGUAAACAAUGGUAUUCUGAAAUAGAGUCCAUGUUAAAGGAUAUGUAUGUGGCAGUCAAGAACACUCAGAUUUCACAGCCUUCAACAUCAACCAGUGCGGAAACAUCGCCCAACGGAUCCACAUUGGAUGGUACCAGUACACUUGGAAGAUUAUCUCUCAACCCUGUCAACGUCAAUCCACUAAGGCGCGGAUUGACAAGGAACAGUAUUCGCGAACGGUCCGGUACCCCUGAUGUACACCAGAAUGGAAGACAGUCCUUACACCAUCAGCUGAGUGUUCGUUCAUCCUCCAAUCGAUCAAGGUGUACAUCGAUUGUUUCUGUACAGUCCGGCACCUCCCAUGGCUCAGGUAGCGCCAAGGAGUCAAUAUCAGCCACCGCUUAUCAAUCGAUUGCCAACCUCAUCACCAACACCCAACUCUCUGCGUCGUACACAUGUGAUGCCCCAUUCUACAAAGAAGGGGUUAUAGUAGGCAAGCACUUGCUGGAACGAGCAGACCAAAAAGCCAAGCACCGAGAAUGGAAAGAAUAUUUUUGUGUGAUUUUCCGUGCGGAACUCCUCAUCCAUCGCUUGGAGCAUCGCAGUGGUGAUCGCAAAUCCAUCCAUAAAACAGCUCAUAGUAACAGCAGUUUUUUGACCGACUACGACGACAGCCAACCAUCGCCCUUUGCUGUAGGUGGAGGGGAUCUCAUGUCUCAGGCGCAGCAAGUGGCCUGCCUUGAUCUCAAGCACUCGUUGUCCACAGCCCUGCCUUCUGGUUACAGUCGACAGCGACCUCAUGCUUUUGCAUUGCAGCAAGCCCACGGCGGGGUGUAUGUCUUCCAGGUUGGUUCGGAUGAGCAGCUUGUUGCUUGGAUCUCAACUCUCAAUUACUGGGCUGCCCGAGAGAGCAAAGAACCAUUGACUGGAGGGAUGGAUCAGUUCAAGGCACUUCAAAAACAUGUACAACAGCUCAAUGCUGAAUUGGACUUCCAUCGUGAAGUCAAGCCAAAGAUAUCUGUACGAUUCCCUCCAAGAACGACCAACAACAUUCGAGCGCUGACCAACUGGGAAUCGAAAGCUCAGUACUUACUACAUGAAAUCAUCAAGUAUCAAAACUACUGUGAUGCCAUUGAAAAGAGUCUAACGCUUCAGGUUCAAGUCAAUGCAUGAAAAAAAUAGCCCCAAUUUCUUUUGUAUGCUCCGCUUUCAAGGUUUCGAGAUCAUUGUUGUUGACCCCCUUAGCCUGCUGCUAUUUUUGUGUUGAAAUUGAAUAAUAUUACUGUAAACUUUCUUCUUUCCUUUACCUUGUAACCUAUGCAGAGCCUCCUCCUGCUCUUACAUCUCUCAUAUGUCCUGGCUACCGUCCAGCCUUUAGCUUAUAUUCUGGAGCUUACAAAUAUACAAUCUUUCUUACUGGAAUACCCAGAACUCCAUUUGCGUCAUACCUUCAACUCCUCCAUCCUCACCGGUGUGUCCGUCAACUUUCACUCAUUAGACGAUGCACACAGAGUCUUGCAGGAUCCCAAUAUCCUGCAAACAUGGCCCGUUACGCUUCACGCUCGACCUAUGUCAAACUAUAGCAUAAACGAGAUACCCGUAUGUUUGCUAAUUGA